AUGGAGCGCAAGUUAUCAACAAGAGCACUCAAAAUGCGCCAUCGUCUCACCUUCACCCGAAGCAGUUUGACACGAGACCGUGCUUGCACGAUGGUCUCUUCCGGCGAAGUCAGUCCCUGCAGCAGUCGGCCUCGCUCCGCAACGAAUCCUGAAUCCCCAACAUACGGCGAGAACACGAUGUGGGACAGCAUUGAUGCCAGCAGGUGCUACAACUUCACAGAUGAGCUGGGGUUCUUCCGCCCUGCAUCACCGUUCAUUGAGCGUCAGAAUAUCGACGAAGACUUAGUGCUUGAUAUCAAACAUGCCUGCGCCCUACUAUCUCACAGCAUCGACCGUGGCAUCCCCAUCGGCCUGUCAUAUCAAAGUGCCGUGCCCGACUGGACAAAUAAAAAGGCUGCUAGCCAGUCCACCACCGAAAUAUCAACGUCCGUAGACCAGAACACCCUUCUCUCAUCCGCCAAGCCUAUCGAGCCAGCAACAGAUGCCAACACGGAGAUGCACGAUUCGGGCGUCGGCAUGAGUUUCAACUCCCCCCAACAAACAGGCCGACCAUACGGAAACAGCGUCUCAUCAGCCAGAUUCUACAACAAACAAUCCUCAGUCUCACCACCCCACAGCCCAACCUCAGAAAGAGCCCGUUCCCGCGGUGAAAGCCUAGUCCAAAGCCUCGCAGACAGAGGCAGCAUCCAACCCGACUACCCAUUAAGGCUGGCACGCUCGCACUCCUCAAGCCCAGUACCUUUCCCCUAUAGUCCAGACCAAGCCAACGACGAAUGGCGCUCGGGACAAACAACGCCACCCAGCCCAAUAAUCGAAAACCCGCAAACCGAAAAAGAACAGUCAACGGCAACGAUUACCGUCUCCGAAACCGAGAUCAACGCCUCAACCACCUCCACCACAUCUGAGACUGAGACACCGACUCCACCCUGUCUCGGCGAAGAAGGACAGACCUGGCUGCGCGCUAGCAAAGACAUUCAACGUCUCGCCGACGAAGAAAAACAAAAACAAAAGGAAACAGCAUUCAAGAAGGAAAAACCCUCCAAUCGAUUCUACAGUUCCAACGCCAACGCCACCUCCCAAAUCUUCGAUUCGCGCGAGUGGCUCACGAGGAACAUCUGGGAAAGUCGAGACCCAAGUAUCUACAGCGAGACACCAUUGAGCGCAAAUGCGAAUGGAGAAGGGCGCUGGGGGAGCGUAUCCACCAGCGGAGAUGAGUCAAGUCGCCAUGGGGGAUAUCCCGUUCAGUGGUGGGCCGGUCCGGAUGCAGCCUCAAGUCGGAAUCUGUCUUAUUCUUCGUCUUCGUAUCCCGUUAAUGAGUUUAAGCACCAGGAGACUGCUUAUUCGGUUGUUGUUCCUAGUUUGCAUCCUAGACGGAGGAGGGAGAAGGCGCAGCUCUUGUUGAGGAAGUUGGCUGGGUUUGGGGGGGGGAGGAGGAGGAGGGGGAGGGUGGUGCUGGUGUCGAGGUUUGAGUUUGAUAUGUUUUCUUGA